AUGGAACUUGUAUCACAAUUCACUGAGGAUGCAUAUGCUAAGGAAGACCGCAUAUGUGAGCGGCCAACCUGUGCCACUAAGAUCCUGAAGGGCGACCCUUGCUUCUACAUUGCUACUAUUGACCCCAAUAAACCAGGCCGCUUCGUCUGUGGCUCAUGCCACUCACGCUAUCAGAAGAAAGCAGCGACUAGUGUGAGACCUUCCAGUCGGAACACUGGGUUCCAUAUGCCAGAUACUGACCAACGCCCACCACCCCGCCCUCUCCCAGAUUUACACGGCAUACGGAGAUCUGUCAAUGCUGCCCAAAGAACUGCCACAAUCAAUCCUCCCCGAGUCGUUGCGACAUCACAUGGCCUCCAGGGCAGUCAGUCAGGCCCGUCAGGGCCAAUUGUUGCUAUACCUACCAGUUCAAGCUGGAAUCAGACCUCUCAUGGACUCGGAGUGGGUUACACCGCCAAUCAUGCUGCCCACGCUUCCCAGCGUGAAUACUGGUCGAAGCUUUCCUAUACUAUGGGCUCACAUGCAGAGACCAUCAGUCUCAACAUUUCUGCUGUGCACGAUGCUGGCCCAAAGCGCAAGGGCAGUUGUGGUACACCAAUUUCAAAUAUUUGCGAAGGGAAAAAGGAUAUUCAUGCUCAGAUAGAUGCCCCUGGCCUUAUCGAGAUCGCACUUAAUACUAUCUUACCCAAGAUUCUUGCACUAUCUCCAGCAUUCACAUGGCGUACCUCACAAUUCAUUGUCCGAGAUGCAGGUUGGGUCGAUCUUUCGACACAUCCAGCCAAUAGGCCAUAUUUCUACUCAGAGUGCUGGCAUGCUUCGAAAAGGGGUGGAAAAGAGUCCAAGGUUUUUAAGUCAAAGCAGUUUGCCUUGACAGUAGUCGUCCCUGAGUCCCAGUGGCUUGAGUAUCAAGAAUGGCUUGAGAAAACUGAGGAGGAAAGUCACCAUCUUGCACAUCGUGACGUGGUUGCACAUCGUGACGUGGUGACACCCAUCGAAGAGCCUGUUAUGACCUGUAAAAGGGUUCAUCAGCGCAGUGACAGCAUCCCAAUUAGCGCACUUUCUGGUGGGUUGUCACCGCCCCACAAAAAGUUAGCAGCAAGCAGUGCCUUCUGCACUCCCAGUCCAGACCGUGAGGACCUAAAACAGGCGCUGAGGAUCGGUGGAACUGUUAACUUGGAUGUUAAACAACUGUUGGAUUUACAGAACAAGAAUAUACAAUACUAUCCGAUACCCACACGCCCUCUUUCAGUCAUGCUGAAGAAUGCCAAAUUCCUAUCCUACGACAUCGAAACCGUUGAGUGCUUGAUGGGUCAAUUGACCAUCAACCCAUCCAUGCCCAGUAUGUUGGGUGCUGGUACUUUCAAGACGGCCCACCCAGGCUGGCUGACAUUAUUUUCUCCUCCAUUGUCUGGUCUCGGAUAUCAAACACGUCACGAGGUUGCAGUCAAGCGGGCCUACUAUAAGGCCGUCCUACCAGGCACCAGCACAGCAUCCCUCAAGUUCAAAAUUGGCCGCUAUGCUCUUGCAGAUGAGGUCCCCAGACUCCUCAAAGAGGGGAACGUUCUUUACUGGGCUCAAUCACUUCUGCAGCUUACUUAUGAUUUCAUUAAUCGCUCCAUCACCAGCGCAUCUGAACUUCCACCAUUCGAAAUUCCUCAAGUUCGUUUCGUGGAUGCUGGUCUUGCCUUUGCUUUUGGCCCACUGCCUGCACCCAAAGCAGGCUCGUCGAUGACAAACUCAGCACGCGCAGUUUACCUUGUAGAGGAACUCAUUCCUGGUAGGAAGGGAGAAUUUGUGAAAUACGUUCACAACAUGGACUCCAAUCCUUUGCUUGAAAAAUCUGAUGAUGGCUAUGAUCUGGCUCUAUUCUUCACAUUUACCCAACACGUCCAACACAUCAAAACAUGGGGUCUAGCUUUCAUAUCAGACUAUCAAGGAGGCUCAGAGCUAUUAACUGAUCCACAAAUCUUGACUCAUCCCACUGUAAGCCAAGGGAAAGAUAUCUUCGGAGAUGGGAACAUUGAAGGGGCUGUUAGCAAGUUUGAAAAGCAGCAUAGCUGUAAUUAUUAUUGCGAGUGGCCGGGUUUCGGCUUGGAUCCUUUCACAAAGCUGCCAGAUGCCAGUGUCAGCACGGACGAUGCUGAUAUUUGA